CCACGAUGCCUGGGACGAGUCAAGGGGACGAGUAAGUUGAUCGAGGAAUGCCUGAUUGUAACUGUACUUCACGUGUGUCGAAACCAAGCUAGUAGAGGUUCUUUAUGGAUUGAUUGAAAAAAUCACUGUUUUUACUGAAAAUGGGGAAAGAUAAGAAAGAGAGAAGACACAAAGGUGGAUUAGCAGAGGAUAUUAUUGACGAUAAAACAGUAAAAACUUCACGGAGAACAAAGCAACGCAGAGAAAGACAAGCAGAAAAAGAUGAAACGUAUGUGGAGGAAAAGCUUUCGAAAAAGAUCUUAGAGCAAGCAAGGAAACAACAGGAUGAGCUGGUAGAAGAAUUCGGGUACGGACCAAGAAAGACGUCGUUAAAAACUGCACAGACAAGUCUUGGAGGUGCAGAUAGGCUGGAUCAUGAUGAUGAUGAUGAUUCAGAAGAUGAUGAGGAUAAAUAUUCAGAAACAAGUGAAGCUUACUAUGAGCAUGUGGAAGUUGAUGAAGAUGAAGAAAAGGCUUUUGAAAAAUUUAUGUCCAAAGAAGCACCAACAAGAAGAACAUUAGCUGAUGUGAUCAUGGAAAAAAUACAGGACAAAAAGACAGAAAUUGAAAGCCACAUGUCUGAAAGAACAUCAGCUCCACCGAUGGAUGAAAGAUUGGUCAAAGUUUUUAAAGGUGUUGGUGAAAUCCUUAAAAAGUAUAGAUCAGGAAAGCUGCCAAAAGCCUUCAAGUUCAUUCCCUCCCUCACAAACUGGGAAGAGGUAAUGUUCAUAACUGAACCAGAUCAGUGGUCAGCUGCAGCAGUCUACCAGGCAACAAGGAUAUUUGUCUCCAACUUGAAUGCAAAAAUGGCUCAAAGGUUUUUCAAUUUAGUCCUUUAUCCAAGAGUAAGAGAUGAUAUUGCAGAAUACAAAAGACUAAACUACCACCUCUACAUGUCCCUUAAAAAGGCCCUCUUCAAGCCUGCUGCCUUCUUCAAGGGAAUUCUGCUACCACUCUGUGAGGUGAGUAUUGAAUCAUUCCAGAAAACACUUGCAUGCCUCUAAUGAAGAGAAGUUUCUCUCAGACUCUCUUAUUCCCAUGUAAUUCAAUGAAAGAGGUUGUCCUCUGCCAGUUACUUAGAGCUUGUGACUGCACAGAGAAAAUAUGAAAAAUAAAGUGGACUACACUGAACAAUGUCAAUGUGUAUUUUCUAAGUGCUUUGUGCUCCCUGUUUUGCUUCAAUAUCU